AUGAAUAAAGACGAACCAAUAUGCUGUAUGUCGAACGCACCUACCGAACUUUUGAUUUACAUAUUUGAAUUUUUAAGACCUAUACAGCUUGUGAAAUGCCGUCAGGUCUGUAUGAGAUGGAAGCUUAUAAUCGACAAUAUGCUCGAACGCGAUCCUUUAUGGCGAGAGUUUUGCAAACGGGACUUCAGCGAUUUGUACAAAGUUGCCUUUUAUAAAUGUAAAUCUGGGUUACGUUGGUGCAGUGUUUACAGAACCCUGUCCUUAUGGCCACGGAUAAGAGAGGCUACAGAGUCAAGAGAUGAAUUUGCGCCUGCUUCUGAUUUAUCAAAUGCAGUUAGACACUUCCAAGUCUUAAGGGAUGGUAUCAUUGGAGUGCACAGACGUGACGCUAUAAUAUACUACGAUCUAGAAACAAUGGAACCAUUUAAAACAGGUAAUAUCCAUGGCAGUUAUUUAGAUUACAUGGAAAAUGAAUCUACAAUCCUCAUUCUUGGUAAUAAUUUAAGUUUAUCUCUAUUUCGCAAAUAUGUAUCCGAGGGACAAGGUGAAACCAACGCUACUUUUCAUCGUGUAAAAACGUUUAUUUUGAGAACACAUGAAGUGUAUUUUGUGACUAUAUAUAAUGUAGUAUAUAUUUGUAGAUUAGAUGAAAAAGAAAUAAAAAGUGUUCAAUUAGCACAAAUGAGUUCUCAUGUAAUGUGCAUCGGCUACUCGACACAGUUAAAUCUUCUAACUAAUCAAAGAGAUAUUUACUCGCUUAUAGGUAAAGAAUUUAAAUUGCAAUGCACUUUGGGUCCAAGAUCAAAUUUAUUGCAUUUAUUAAAGAAAUAUAGUCUUUUAGAACAUUUAGAUCGGAUUGUUUAUUCCAAAUGGAUGAUUGACUCAAAUCAGUCUAUACCACAAGGUCCUUUACGAAAUAUUGUAACUAUAAAGACAUAUGGAGAUGCAGUAUUUGUUGGUUCACAUUGGGGCAAAUUCAGGAUAUACUAUGCUCCAUACAUUAAUGAUGAUUUUGAUAUAAUUAACUCGGAACCUAUAAAGGAAUAUAAUUUUAUGGAGCCUUGUGACUGUCCCAUAUUAUCUAUGUGUCCAAUAAUACAAAUAGACAUAGUCGAAGGAGAGGAUUGUCAUUCAAUUUUAGUAGCUAUGCCAAAGAAAAUAGUGGUAAUAACAUAUUCUCAUGAUUUAUAUAAAAGCAAAUCAGUACCCCCGUACACAGAUAGCUCGGAAGUACAAAUACGUAAAAUUACUGGU